GCAAACACUAGCACCAUGGCCAUGACCUUGGGUUACUGGGACGUCCGUGGGCUGGCUCACCCCAUCCGCCUGCUCCUGGAGUACACAGACUCAAACUAUGAGGAAAAGAAGUACACGGAGGAAGACGGUGAUAGCACCCUCGUGGUGUCCCGACUUCUGCCAAACACGUGCCGACUUGCUCCCGACUAUGACAGAAGCCAGUGGCUGAAAGAAAAAUACAAGCUGGGCCUGGACUUCCCCCAUCUGCCCUACUUAAUUGAUGGGGCUCACAAGAUCACCCAGAGCAACGCCAUCCUUCGCUACAUUGCUCGCAAGCACAACCUAUGUGGGGAGACAGAAGAGGAGAAGAUUCGCAUGGACAUUUUGGAGAAUGAGGUUAUGGACACCCGCAUGGCCCUGGUGUGCCUCUGCUACAACCCUGACUUUGAGAAACUGAAGCCUGAGUACUUGGAGGCGCUCCCUGAAAAGGUGAAGCUCUUCUCACAGUUUCUGGGGAAGAGGCCUUGGUUUGCAGGGGACAAGAUCACCUAUGUGGAUUUCCUGGCCUAUGACAUCCUUGAUUAUCUGCGUAUGUUUGAGCCCAAGUGCCUGGAUGCGUUCCCAAACCUGAAGGACUUCAUAGCCCACUUUGAGGGCCUGAAGAAGAUCUCUGCCUACAUGAAGACCAGCCGCUUUCUCCCAAGGCCUAUGUUUCUAAAGAUGGCCUUGUGGGGCAACAAGUAGGGCCUUAUAAGUCCAGGAGAUGGGAGCGAAGAAUCAGAGCUGGGCCAGAUGUCUGCAGCCCUGGAGAACAGCUAGACUUUCGUGUACCUAGAUCCAGCCAUGUUGAUUCUUUUUCUUUCUUUUCCCUACCACUGCCAAGUGCCUUAUUCGCCCCCUUUUGUCUCUCCCUUCCACCUUGUCCCACAAGCCCUUUAAAGCUUUAGCUCCCCAUUUUGCUUCAGUGACGCACCCUCCCCAAUUUGUUUUUCUUCCUGCACUAAAGCUCACCAGUCCGUGCUUCUCUUCAGUGGUUACCUCUGCUUCGAGGAGCCUGACCAGAUCCCUGGCCUGUAGAGCCUAGCCGUGAGCUCCCAGCACUGCCCUCAAGACCAGUAUUGGCCUGAUGUGUAGUUCCUGCUCCCCCAGUGUGGUCUCUGCCCUGCUGUGCCUGAUCCCCAGUAAAGCCUUCAUGACACCUCC